AUGAACUCAUGGGUCUCAGACAGCGCUUGUCCAGCGUUCCUCGACCCUCGUUUUGAGUCGCCAGGCGAUCGACAGCCUGCUUACCGAUAUCUAUUGAUUUGGCUCGUAGGAUAUAUCGGGCAGGACGUUCCUCCGACAGAGAUCGCCGACCGCUUCUAUGUUGCUCUCCCCUUGUCAGCUCAACAGAAUCCCCAGUACAAUGCCAAGGAGAUGUAUGCCCAUAUGGAUCAGUUUGUUGGCAACAUUCGAAAGGACCUCAGAGAGAACUUGUCACAGCAUGGAUAUCUCCUUCCCGGCCCUGAGGACAACUUUGUUCACCAUCUCUAUGUUCGACGAGGUGGCUAUUACAUCGACCGGGGUUGUGCACAGCUCAUCACGUCUGGCAAGAUUACUGUCAAGUCCGGGCAUGAGAUCUUCCACUUCUCCCCUUCCGGGUUGGUAUUCGAUGAUGGUUCGCAAGUAGUGGCCGACCUUGUCAUCUUCGCAACUGGGUACUCAAAACCUACAAUCAAAGAAGUCACUGAGAAUCUUUUUGGGCCUCAGGUCACUGAUACUGUCCAUGACCUCGGAGGAUUAGAUAGUGAUUACAAUGGACUCUGGUUUGCAGAGGGCGAUCUCUUUGCUGCACGAUUCUACUCCCAGUUCAUUGCAUUACAGAUAAUGGCGAGGGAGAUGGGAUUGCUGAGUCCAGACCAGAAAACUUACAUCGCAUGUUGA